AUGUCCUGCGAAAUUCCCAGUUAUUUGGACGAUAUGAGCAAUAUCCUAGUCGUUCCUGAUCAGCAGGAAGCCUUUGUUAACGACGACGGGAGCAUUAGUGUUAUCAUUGAAGUUCUAGAGUAUCAACACGUACCAGAUGCGAAAGCUGCAGAGUUCUUCUUCGGCGACCUUAUGGACGCAAAUGCUGCCCUAUCGUCACGAGUUCUGGAGUCGUGGUCUGCGCUGAAGGGAGAAUCGCUUGUAGCUGGGCACACAGUAGCUUCGCUUAAGGGGGAAUUCGAUGUGAGGAAAAAAGGGGCUGCAGCUCCUGACCAUGUAUGCGUGCGGCUGGCAGUAAUACGAAUUCCAGAGCACCGCGCGGAUGUUGUCAUCUCCAUGAAUGCAAGAGAUGACACUUACGGGUCAAGUGGUGCGCAGCCAGGUGGUUCAGCGUCGUUGGAUGACACGUUCCGUGUCAUUCUUGAGUCAUUCAACAUUCUCAACUAUGAAUUAUUUGCCUAG